UAUGGGAAAAAGGAAACACAAAGAUAAAAAAUCACAUCGAUCGAAGAAAAGAAGGCGUGAAAAAAGAUAUUAUUUAUCGGAUUCGUCGUCAUCGUCAAGUGAAGAUGAAUACUACGAUGCCGAGCAGUAUAGAUACCCGGAGAUAAAUAAUACGCCUGAUUAUGAAGACAUAGUGUCCAUACCGGGUUCGGAAAAAUCUAUCGAAGCCAGUGCAAAGAAUGAUGAUAACAUAGGAGAAAAAAAUCUUUCUGUGGCUCCUAGUGCUGAUGUUACAUAUAAUGAGGGUACAACGUUGGACAAUAAUUUGCCCAGUACGAGCGCGGAGGCGCCAGCCUUACCGACAGAAAUCCUGGAAGCCCUGGGCGACCCAAAAGGAAAGGAGGAAGUCCUAGGUCCAAAAAUACAGGAGGAGAUUGCCAGUCGAUGGGGACGCGUGCUCGUAGAUGGUCUAAGCAAGGAUCGAAAACAAGAGAUUUUGGCCAGCUCGUUAAUACCUGAUAAUUUUCGUUUAGCAAAAGCUCCUCUGUUAAACCCGGAAGUUAUUCCAGCGCUAAGUGACUCUUCCAAAAAUCGAGACAAGAUAGUAGAAAGAUUACAAAACCAACUCGGCUUGGGUAUAUCAAAGCUAACAUACUUAGCUACAGAUGUUAUUGAAGGCAAUGUCGAAAAGCUAGACAUUUUGAAAAAAAUCUCGGAAGCCAGCCAGAUUCUUUUAGACUUGCAUAACGAACAAACUAAAGCAAGACGAAGAAUGGUGAUAACAUCACUUGAUAAAAAGUUUGUAGGGAAACUGGAGGGGCCCACCCCGGGCACAAGCUCAGCGUGGCUACCGACAGGGGGGGCAGAGAAACCGCUACCCGACGCAGUCAAACCGCCGCCCUCCACAAUCGGCAUCAGCAGUAGACCGCCAACCGCGGGGGCCAGCGAAGCAGACUCCCAAGUCAACCAAGACUUAAUGGAGAAACGAUUGGUCUUCUCGAAAAGCUAG